CUGCCCACUCGCUUUGCCCCACUGCCCCUACCCCUUGAUGCUGCCACAUCCCUACCCAUGGGCCUCUGGAAGACUGUGCACCCCCAAAAGUGGACCACACACCUCCCUGCUGUGCUCCUUAGUGCAUCCAUUAUUGGAUGGACACUUAUGGGACUACAGUUGGGUUCAAUUUGCAAACCCCAUCAUUGUGUAUGGAAUGGGCAUGCCCUGACUCCCCAAGCCUCUGGGAUUUAG